AUGAUUACGGUCUCAUUGUCAAGUUUCGCGGAUGUACCACUAGUCCUGCAGUAUGACGUCAAGUUCCAAAAUGGCCAGGAGUGUGGCGGAUCUUAUGUGAAGCUGCUGACCGAUACCGCUACCUUAGAUUUAAAAAAUUUCCAUGAUAAGACUGCCUUUACGAUCAUGUUUGGUCCUGAUAAAUGUGGUAUUGAGUCCAAAGUUCAUUUCAUUAUUCGUUUCAAAAAUCCCGUUACCGGUCAAGUUAAGGAGCACAUGGCGAAGCAGUCCGAUAAAGGACUUGAUACAUAUUUCAGCGAUAAAAUGUCACACCUUUGGACUCUAGUGCUGUUGACGGAUGGCAAUUAUCGAGUGUUCGUCGACCAGAAGGAACUGAUGCGAGGCAAUCUACUUGACUUGGAAAUACCGGACCCAAACAGUAAAAAACCGGAUGACUGGGACGAAGCUAUACCCGAGUUCAUUGAAGACGUGAAUGCGGUGAAGCCAACUGACUGGUUAGAGGAUGAAAGUGAAUACGUACCAUCCGAUACUGCUAAGAAACCUGAAGAUUGGGACGAGGACAUGGACGGAAAGUGGGAACCGCCUCAAAUCAAAAAUCCCAAAUGCGCAACAGUUUCUGGUUGUGGCAAAUGGACCCCUCCUAAGAUAAAGAAUCCAGCAUAUAAAGGCAAGUGGACACCGCCAAUGAUACCUAAUCCCAACUUCAAGGGCAAGUGGACUCCCCGCCUGAUUGAUAAUCCUGAAUAUUUUGAAAUCGAAAAUGUUUUCCGUAGCUUGGAACCAAUCGCCGCAAUUGGUUUGGAACUUUGGACAAUGACAGAUGAUAUUUUCUUUGACGAUUUCUUGUUGUGUGAUGAUAAAAAAACAGCCGAUCGCUUCGCGGCCGGAACAUGGUUAAUCAAACAUUCCGUUGAAAACCAAGUUGCUAGCAACAACGAAUCGUUUUUUGAAAAUCUAAUUCAAGUUGCAAACAAACGCCCGUGGCUUUGGGCUGUGUAUCUGUUGGUUAUUUUGAUCCCGUUGAUUGUCAUAACGAUCUUCUGUUGCGGGUCUUCCAAGGUAAAUUGUUGUAAUGUCGCAUGUAUAAAAUUCAGUUUUCAGGAUGCAACAGCAAUUGCAAAGAAAACCGAUAAAUACCUUCCAGAUGUUCAGGAAUCACUUCUAGAAGAUGAAUCACAGGAUAGGGAAUUCCAUGAAUCUGAAUCCAUUGAUAGUCAGCGAAGUGAAGCUUCUAAAGAAAAGCAUGAAGAGGAAUCCUGGGAACCCAGUUUUCAAGACAGCAAUGCGGUAACAGUUAUUGUUAUGUGUAAACUCAUCCAUUUCAACUGA